CCAAUGAAAAAAGUUAACAUUGUGGCCAUAUCAAAAUUCAGUUGUUGUUUUCUUUUCUUUUUUUUUCUUACUUUUUUUUGCUACCUGAAUUGGCAACAUUGGUUCAAUCAAUAGCGCGGCUUAAGGGUUGGACUAUUUGUUUAGCCGACCAAUGAUAGAUUGGAGCGAAACAUUCAAUAUUUUUGCAACUCCAUCCAUGGUGACACUAAAAACACAUGGAAACUCUUGGUCUUUGCGUCGCGCCUCGCUGAGCGUUUUUAUUAUUAUUAUUAGCCUACUCACGUCAAGUAAAAAACAUUUCAAAUUUGCUUUAACUUGAAACAUUUUAAACGCCUCUUCAUACCGGUGUUCUCCACGUUAGUUUGUGAAGUCCUCAUGCUAAAGUCCCUCACUGACUCUUUCAGUUCCCCUUUAGUGUAUACGUGCCUCUGUAAACCCGCCUCAGAAAACCACUUCCACUUUACUCAACUAAUCCCACUCUAUCUGUCUCUCUGUCUGUGAGCGUCUGAAGAGCUCUGAAUCCCGCAUCAUCAAGCAUGUCUCUCCCGCAACAGCUGCGCGAUGAAAGUGAUUUCGACCAGCUUCCAGACAACAUUCCAGUCACUGCAACUAUUGCUGAUAUUGAGGAAAAGAAAGGUUUCAUUGUUUACUAUAGGUUCGUAAUUGAGGUGAAGACCAAAGGCAACAGUAAAUAUCUGAUCUACAGAAGGUAUCGUCAAUUCUUCGCUCUGCACCAGAGUUUGGAGCUUAAGUACUCAGCUGAAACCCAGCCGGGAUACUACACCUGCCAACUACCUAACCUGCCAGGUAAGGUGUUUAUGGGAAACAAAAAGGAGAUUGCAGAGAGCAGAAUCCCAGAGCUCAACAAUUACAUGAAGAGGUUGCUUUGUCUGCCUACCUGGGUACUCUUGGAUGAUCUGAUACGGAUGUUUUUCUACCAGACCGAGUCGGACAGCCAACAGGUCCCCCGGGCCCUGCGCCGCCUGCGGCCCCCCACACGCAGAGUAAAAACCGUGAAGCCCAAAACGGACCUAUUCUCCGCACCCAGAGCAGAGGCGGUGUUUGACUUCAGCGGCAGUGGACGCCUGGAGCUGAAUCUGAAGGCUGGAGACGUAAUCUUCCUCUUGCGGAGAGUCAACGCAGACUGGCUGGAGGGCACAGUGAGGGACAAAACUGGAAUCUUUCCCGAGUCUUUCGUGAACAUUAUUAAACCUCUUCCCGAGAGUGACUCUGACGAAGAGGGCGGAGCUUCCAAGAGCGGGAAUCAUGAUCAGUAGUUCAUUACGCCUGCCUGCGCUGCUAUCGCCUGCAGC